AGUCCCUAAAAAAAGGGAAAAACCGAAAAACCACGACUGACGGCUUCCGCUCCAGUACUUAUAGGUGUUGGUUUUGGUUCCGGGGUUCUUGCCCGGAUUGCCGCGGCACGGAGAUGGCGGCGGCGUUGGAAUGCUGGUCCGGCCGGCCGAGCACCGACGAGGACAUGGUUGAACAAGUCCUCAUGAAAACUCACCACCGCUCCGAAGCCUUCCCUCCCCUGCCAUCCUCUGUUGGAUCCGCUUCCGCUCCUACCUCCACCCCCGCUUCACCAAACUCCACUUCCGCCGGUUCACCUCCGUUGAAGAAGUGGCAUCGCCUCGGUCGCAACUUUUCGGGCGCCAUUGCCGCCCUCAAAAACUCGCUAAACCUUGACUCCUCAGCCCCUCCCCGCGGCGAGAGCAAGCUGUCAUGGGGCGGCGUUGUUCGCAGCCUUGCUCAACUAUUUCCCAGCAGCCAGUUGCCGGAGAAGCUCGUUUCCGACAUCCGCCGCCAUUUCGACUCCCUACCGAACAGCUACUCGCAAGCUGGCUUCGAUAUGAAGGACAUCAUCCUCCAUAUUCGCUUAGUCGAACAGGUCACCGCCGACGACCUGCCCGCCUUCCAGAUCCAGCAGAUCUCUGGCGAAAACUCAGGAGGCGGUGAAGGGUCUGUCUACAAACUCACCUUCGUCUGCAACUCGUCCUUUUCGUGGCCAACGAUGUCCAGUGCGAUGGACGGUUCCGUGCUCUGCUACAGGAAGAUCCAGAUCUUCGAGAAAAAGGGUCUUAUCCUCGGCGUCGUCAACGUCGUUAUCCAUCCCAGCGGCGAGAAGCAUUUCAAAUCCAGAAUCGACGUCGCCCUCCGAUCCGCCUCCAAGAAACCGAGAGCCCAAGGCGUCAAGCUUCCAUUCAGCCUCUGCGGCUGCCAGGAAGAGGGUCUGAGGGCCACCGAUGACGAUUCCCAGUUCGCGUCCGAUUACUCGGCAGCCACUGACAUCCUCCGACGAACACAUCUCCCGAACCCACUGCCCGAAUCAUCGCUGGUAGUCUCCAUUGACGAGUGGCAAACCAUCCGCUCCGGCGGUGAAGAGCUCGGCCGUUUUCUACUCGGCACUGACGAGAUGGAAUUCAUCGAAAGGGUUGGAGCCAGUUCAUUCAGAGGAUCUUAUAAAGGAAAGAAGGUGUGGAUUAAGAAAUUGAAAGGGUGUGAAAGGGGAAACGCCUAUGAGAUCGAGAUACGGCAGGACUUGAUGCAGCUGAUGAACUGCGGGCAGAAGAAUUUAUUGCUGUUUUGCGGAAUCUGCGUCCACGACAGCAAUGGGCUCUGCGUCGUGACCCGGUUGAUGGAGGGAGGAUCAGUUCAUGAUUUGAUACAGAAGAACAAGAAGGUGCCAGUCCGUGAGGUGAUGAGGAUUGCCUUGGAUGUAGCUGAGGGGCUUAUGUUCAUGAACAACCAUGGAGUGUCUUACAGAGAUCUCAACAGGCAGAAAAUCUUGUUGGAUCGGCAAGGGAAUGCUUGCCUUGGAGACAUGGGCAUUGUUUCUUCUUGCAUGAGUGCAGGGGAGGUUACAGAGUACGAGACUGCCGGCUACCGAUGGCUUGCUCCGGAGAUCAUUGCGGGUGAUCCAGAGAGUGUGACCGAGACCUGCAUGAGCAACGUUUAUAGCUUUGGCAUGGUCUUAUGGGAGAUGGUAACCGGAGAAGCCGCAUUCUCUUCCUACUCGCCAGUGCAGGCGGCGGUAGGCAUCGCCGCCUGUGGAUUGCGGCCAGAUAUACCUAAAGACUGUCCUCCAGUUCUAAGGUCUCUGAUGAUAAGGUGCUGGAACAAUUGCCCAACCAAACGACCUCAGCUUUCAGAAAUUGUUGCCAUCUUGCUGAAACAAAGCAGUUCAUAACGGUGAGCUCCAAUCUCCUCGAACUCCAAUUCUUGGAUGAGCAAAACUAAUACUGUAAGAUAUAAAAAAGCAAGUUGAUUUGUCCAUCUUGAAAUUGUCCAGAAUUGAGAACAGAUCAUUCAUUCUCCUCAGCAUGGUUAAGAUAUCACAUGAGAUGCAAGAGAUUGAUGAAGGCAAUAGAGCAUGCUCAUUAUUCAAUUCAUAAUUUGGUUCCAAAGAGCUUGUGAGAGCCUUCUUUUGUUUCUUUUGGUUGGUCCUUCUGCUUUGUGAUUGCACAAAAAUUUGUUAUUUUGUCGCUUGGAGUUGUCAGUGUGUCAAGGAUGGGUAAGUAAUGGGGGGCCUUUGUAUCCGGUGAUGUUCACUCCUCUCAUCUUAUAUGAAGAUCUAAUUGUGGAUCACUUUACGUAA